AGGUUCAGAGCAUCAUUAAGUUUUAAACCUUUAAACCACGAAAAUAGCAUGCUAAUGUACUGCGCACAGAAUAAUCGUGGUAUUGGUGAUUUUAUUGCUCUUAUAAUUUAUAAGCGACGUUUGAAAUUUAUUUUUGAUGUCGGAACUGGAAUAAAUGAAUUAAAUUCUCACCGCGUAUUAGAAUCUGGAAAGUGGUAUAACGUAAAUAUUAGUAAAGAUUAUAGAGCAGCGUCUUUGAGCGUUAAUGAUGAGCCAACAAUAAAAAAAUUAAUUUCUGAAUCUGUUCAUUCCAUGAGAUUAAAAACACUUAUCUAUUUUGGGGGAAUCAAUACAAGAAAGAUAUCAAUACAUAAGCAUCUUAAAGUGGCAACAUCAUUUUUUGGAUGCUUUGAAAAGAUAAAUAUGCACUUUUUCAAGUUUGAUAUGUUUAAAUCAUUGGUGGAUUCGUCCAAUAUAAAAGAAUGUUACAUCAUACAUCCGAAUAACAUUGAUGGAAAAAUGUAUUCUACAGUUCAACCUACAACAGCGAUUAUUACGAAAUAUGAUAUCUGUUCAUCGCAACCUUGCAUUCAUGGAAUAUGUCAGAAUGUAAAUUAUAAUGAUUACUCUUGCACCUGUCAGUAUGGCUAUGUUGGAAAAAAUUGUGAGAACAUACUUAAGCAAUGUGAACUAUUCAAUCCCUGUCUCAACGGUGGCACAUGCACUAAUCUGCAUGGAUCUUUCAAAUGUGAUUGUCAAUAUGGAUUUCUUGGACAAAACUGCAGUACAAGUGCUGGAAUAACGGAUGAUGUUACUUUCCGAGGCGAUGGUUGGCUGGAGCUUGAUAGUUCGAUAAUGAAACAUGAAGACCAAACAGAAAUGAUUGGAUUCGAGAUAUCAACUAAUGCAACAAAUGGAUUGAUUUUAUGGCAUAGCGAUAGAUUGAGAACAAAGAUCACAACUAAUUACGUGGCACUUGCUGUUAUUGAUGGGUAUGUCGAGUUUCAAUAUAGCUUAGGAUCUAGUCCAGCUAUUUUAAAGAUAACUACAUUCAAAGUUGACGAUGGUAAAAGACACAGAAUUAUUUUAAAACGUAAUGGAAGAGAUGGUAGUAUUGAGCUUGACGGUGAACACAUUGAAGUAGGGUCAAGUGAUGGGCAUAACCAACAACUUGAAAUUAAUGAAAGUGUUUUUAUUGGUGGUGUACCAGAUUAUUCUGUAACUCUAGGAAGAUAUAAUAUUGGAUUUUCAGGAUGCAUUCACACUCUUGAAGUUCAAGACUCUGGAGCAAUCAAUAUGGGAAAAAAUGUUAUUCAAGGAAAAAAUGUGUUGCCUUGUACCAGGGAACAACCAGUUCGUCUUCAAGGAGGUGGCCCUGGUACCUAUCCAGGAUGACUGUCUGUCUACGGUGAUGCUCAUCAAGCCGCCGCAUCCUUGGGAGGAGCUGGCACUUAAGUAUCAGAGAUAGAACCGUUGGCAUAAGCUGAACUAUCACGGAAUACUCUGGAAGUCUGGUCGCAGUAUGUACUUCCACCUAUUAGGAGUCCUUAACAGCUAUCUCAAGGACGCUGAGAUUUACGUUAAGGGGUUGGAGAAAACUCAAUGGCUUCGAGAUAUUCUUCCAAUUACAAUCAUCUACAACUUAAAAGACUGGAAAUGCCCUUCGCAAGUAUAAAUUAUAAAGACCACCUGAAAGAAGUGUUUUCUAUUGUAACAAUGCCUACUAAAGU